AUGUCCCCACAAGCUCCAUGGUGGAAGAACGCCAGCAUCUAUCAGAUCUAUCCCGCUAGCUACAAAGAUUCCAACGGAGAUGGCAUCGGUGAUUUGCCCGGAAUCAUCGGGAAACUCGACUACAUACAGUCGUUAGGCGUCGAUGCCAUCUGGCUUUGUCCUAUGUACGACAGUCCGCAGUAUGACAUGGGCUACGACAUUUCCAACUACGAAGACGUUUACGCGCCUUACGGCACAGUCGCAGACGUCGAAACGCUGAUCACGGCUUGUCACGAUCGCGGUAUGCGUAUACUCCUCGAUCUGGUUAUCAAUCAUACGUCCCAUGAGCACGCCUGGUUCAAGCAGUCUCGAACGUCCAAGGAUAGCCCAAAGCGUGAUUGGUAUAUCUGGCGACCUGCUAGAUACGAGAAUGGAGUUCGUCGUCCACCAAAUAACUGGCGCAGUAUCUUUGGUGGAAGUGCCUGGGAAUGGGAUGAGGCUUCACGAGAGUACUAUCUGCACCUAUUUGCCGUACAGCAGCCGGAUCUCAACUGGGAGAAUGCCGACACUCGAGCUGCCGUGUAUGAGUCUGCGAUGAAGUUCUGGUUGCGCAAAGGUAUUGAUGGAUUCCGUGUCGACACGGUGAAUAUGUACAGCAAGAAUCAGUCCUUCCGUGAUGCUCCUAUCAUCGAUCCACAACAUGAAUGGCAGCCAGCCUGGUCGCUGUAUUGCAAUGGGCCACGAAUGCACGAAUUCCUGCGAGAAAUGGGUCAGAUUCUGCUUGAAUACAACGCGAUGACGGUGGGCGAGCUGCCAAAUACCCCACAGAUAGCGGAUGUACUAGGGUACGUGUCAGCAAAGGCGCAACAAUUGAGCAUGGUGUUUCAAUUCGAUGUUGUGGACAUUGGCCAAGGUACCGACCUGCGAUUCAACACUGUCCCACGUAACUGGACGCUACCGGAUCUGCGCGAGCGUAUUGCACGCACACAGCAGCUAUCGGAUGGCACGGCCGACGGCUGGAGUACGACCUUCCUCGAAAACCACGACCAAGCGCGUUCCAUUUCGCGUUGGGGCAGUGAAGAGACCCCCGAAUCAUGGCAGCGUAGCGCCAAGAUGCUGGCUAUGCUUGUUGCCAGUCUGUCGGGGACUUUAUACGUCUACCAAGGCCAGGAAAUCGGCAUGGUCAAUGCACCCGUCGAAUGGGAGAUCUCGGAAUAUAAAGACCUUGACAGUAUCAACUACUAUGACUUUGUGAGAACAGUGACAAAAAGCAACCCCGUCGCGCUCGCAAAGGCAAAAGCCGCACUGGCUCACCUGGCACGCGACCACGCCCGCUUGCCUAUGCAGUGGGAUGCAACUCCCAACGCGGGCUUUACCAGUGAAGAGGCAAAGCCAUGGAUGCGCGUUCAUGACGGAUACGCGGCUCUAAAUGUGAAGCGACAGACCGUUGACUCGAACUCGGUGUUGAAUUUUUGGCGCGAGCUGCUCCGAGUACGCCGUGAGAACCCGAAGUUAUUUGCACAGGGGGUCUUCAGCGACACUGAUCCCUCACAUGAGUCAGUCUUUGUUUAUGAAAAGGGAUCCACUGAUGCGAAGCUUGUUGUUGCACUCAAUUUCACUGGAAAAGCACAGUCGGUUGACCUGGCAAGCCGUUUGAGCGGUUCAUCGUACAAGACACUGGUCAAGAACUGUGAGGAGGAACCCCUUGAUUCGCUGCAGGCUUACGAGGGCCGCAUCUAUCGUUUGGAAAAACAGUAA